GACAAGCGCCUUGCCCAGAGGGACCCUGAGCCUGAGCAUGGCGGUCGCCUCCCCACAGCUCCUGAGAAGUGGAGGUAUCAUACACUGGCUGGGUGUAAGCUCAGCGAAGGGGCGGGGUGAAGGGAGACAGGAGGAAGGGCCCUCCCACUCCGGAUCGCCCUCUCCCUCAAGCUUCCCCUCCCCCUCAGGCUCCCCUGUCCUCUAGGGCUCCCCCUCCCUUCCCAGGCCGGGAUAUAAGCCCUGCAGGGAAAGCCGAGCAGCAGGGGAGAAGGCCGCAGCUGGACCUGCAGCAGUCCAGCCCUCGGGACUUCCCUGCCUUUCACCUCCUGCUUUUCUCUGCUUCCCGAGCUGUCGUUAUGGUGAAGGGGCGCCGGCCGUGGCCCGCCAUGGUUGCAGUACUACUGGUCCUGCUCGCCUGCCUCGGCGCAAUGGUCGACGCCUACCCCUCCAAACCUGAGGCUCCGGGCGAGGACGCCUCCCCGGAGGAGCUGAACCGCUACUACACCUCCCUACGCCACUACCUCAACCUGGUCACCCGGCAGCGGUAUGGGAAACGGGACAGCCCCGAAGGUCUACUCUCGAAACUGUUCUCCCUGGACAGCGAGGAACAUCCCAUCAAAUCGCGGUAAUGCGCCCACCUCACCACACCGCUGCCCCCUAGAGCCUGGCCUGGUCCUGCUGCGCCACAGAACCCCCACCUUGACGCCACCACUCUCCAGAUUCGAGGCUGGGCUCCCGAGUGACUCCUUUCCUUUCCCUCUACAGCUCAGAAGACGCCUAUAUGUGGUGAUGACCCCCAGGGCCUCCUGGGAGAUAUGCCAACCACACCAACCUCAUUUUCAUAUUUGCUCCUGGCCCCUGGACCUGGAGUCCUCGCCCUGCAGGCUGCUUCUGGGGAGGGCUUAUGGUGGGGUCCCCAGCCCUUUUUUUUUUUGGCUCCCCCAGCCCCUGGGCGGGAGGGCUGUUUAUAGUCCUCCCCUGAUCCCCAA